AUGGCGCCGUCGGAGAGGAUGCUGGAGUCGGCGGCGUACACGCGGAUGAAGGCGGAGAACCCGUCCGAGUUCGUGCCGCGGAGCGUCUUCUUCGCGCGCGACGGCGGCAGCGGCAUCGACCGCCGCAACAGCCUCUGGGUCAAGGCGGCGCUCGUCUACGAGUCCGUCACCGGCAGCCACGUCGACGACGGCGCCAAGCCCCUCGCCACCAGCCUCCUCCUCAGCCUCGCCCGCGAAUGCCGCUUCCGCAUCCACCCCGACGACGAACGGCCACCGGCGCCGCAGACCAAAGCCGCGGUGGUGACGGACGUCCUCAACAAAGUGUCGGGCGCCGUGGCCACGCCUAUCGCCGGCGCGGGCGGCGGAGAAGACGGAUCAGAGGAGAAGCAGAGCAAGACGGCGGAGCUGCACGACGAAGAGAAAGAGUCGGACGACAAGCAGGUGAUCGACGCCGUCUUCCUCGUCGUCGGCUUCCUCGCGAGGCUGGUCAAGGCCGCCGCGGGCGUCAGCCGCGACGCCGUCGACGAGGGGUUCAAGUCCACGCACAUGCAGGACAUCGUCACGGACAUGAUCAAGCUGGAGAACCAGCUCCCCCUCAAGCUCAUCCUCGACGUCGUCGAGCACGUCCAGGACACGGCACGCCACGUCGCCGCCGAAGCCAGGUUCGAGGGGCUCCGCGAAUUCCUCGAGGCGUACAAGCUCGGCUUCAGCCCAGCCACCUUCUUCGACGACGUCGUCAGGCCCUUCUGCUGGUACUACUCGCCCUUCUUCAACAAGCAGCUGCCGGCCGUGGACCGCGGCCUGUUCGACGGCAACCACGAGAUCGCGCUCCUGGACUUCCUCCACGCCAGCGUGGUGCCGACGCCGCCGGACGCGGAGAAGGGGGCGGCCGCCGGCGGCAGGACGUCCCGUAUGCCGACGGCCAGGGAGCUGAGCCGCUCCGGCGUGCGGAUCGCGCCGGGGGAGGACGGCCGCGCGACGGUGGAGUUCGACGAGGCGUCCGCCAGGCUGCAGCUGCCGGCGCUGGUGUACGACUUCAAGCUGGCCACGGUGGCCAGGAACCUGCUGGCGCGGGAGUACGAGGAGCAGAACAAGCCCGUGACGCGCUACUUCCAGAUGAUGAACGAGCUCGUCGACGAGGCGGCCGACGCCAAGAUCCUCCGCCGCGCCGGCGCCGUGCGCGGCGGUGGGGCGUCCGGCGCCGAGGUGCACGAGCUGGUCAAGCGGAUCGACGGCUACGCGACGUACCCGUCCGUGUACAUGGCCAUGGACGUGCAGAUCGCGAAGGUGAGGCGGUUCCACGACACGAGGAUGCAGAACUUCCUCGUCCGCUACCGCCCCGGCGUCAUCUGGGCGUCGUCGGUGGCCGCCGUCUCCUUGGUCGCCAUUGUUGCCGCCAGAAGAAGGGGGUGA